UUCCUGGCCAACAAGCCCAAGCCCGGCUGGGCGCGCGAGCUCGCCGAGGAGGCCAACACCGUGUCGGACUACGACGAGCGCGCGCCGCACCUGCAGAUGGCCGCCGAUCCGUUCCCGCUGACGCUCAGGAACCUGCAGAUCUCCGCCAGAGCAGCGAAAGAUUUCUCCGACUUGCCCGGAGCCACGAGCUUGGAAGAGAACCCGGACCCGUGCCGCGACAAGGUGUGCCAGGCAGGCGCUCGCUGCGUCGUGUCGCCGGACGGACUGUCGGCGUCCUGCGAGUGCCCGUCCAACUGCCACACCUUCGGGGAGCCCGUCUGCGGCACGGACCUGCAGGAGUACCCCGACCACUGCGAGCUCAUGAAGACGGCCUGCGCGCACAGCAAGGACAUCCGCGUCAAGUUCAAAGGACCCUGCGACCCCUGCGCCGAGAUGGAGUGCCCCGAGCCGGAGGUGUGCGCGCUGGGCGCGGACCGGCAGCCGGAGUGCCGCUGCGCCGAGGUGUGUCCGGACGACUUCGCGCCCGUGUGCGGCUCGGACGGCCGGACCUACGCCAACACGUGCCGGCUGCGGCGCGAGGGCUGCCGCACGCGCAGGGAGCUGCGCAUCGUGUACCGCGGCCGCUGCACCACUGGCGAGAACCCGUGCGCCGGCCUGCUGCAGGGCCUGCAGGGCCUGCAGGGCCUGCAGGGCCAGGGCCACGCCGGGACGACGCCCUGCUCGCACGGCCAGGUCUGCAACGUGGGCCGCGACGGCGUGGCGCGCUGCGAGUGCCCGCCCGAGUGCGAGAUGGUGGUGCGGCCCGUGUGCGGCUCGGACGGACGCACCUACGACUCGGCCUGCCACCUCACGCGGCAGGCGUGCCUCGCGCGCGCCAACGUCACCGUCGCCUACACCGGACCCUGCGGCGUGGACGGCCCCUGCAGCGCGCACACCUGCACGUUCGGCGGCGAGUGCGUGCCGCGCAACGGCGCGCCGCGCUGCGUGUGCCCGCGCUGCCCGCUCACCUUCCAGCCCGUGUGCGGCUCGGACGGCGUGUCCUACGGCAACGAGUGCCGCCUGCGCCUGGAGGCGUGCCAGCGCCGCCUCGACAUCCGCGUCGUGCACCAGGGCCUCUGCAGCUGCGAGAACCGGUCGUGCGGGCCCCACGCCAAGUGCGAGACCGACGCGACGGGGGAGGGCCAGUGCGUGUGUCCGGACUGCAACGCUCCAGCUGAGCAAGUGCGCAGCCCGGUGUGCGGCAACGACGGCGUGACCUACGACAACGAGUGUGCCAUGCGCCGCGAGGGCUGCAAGGAGGGCCGCAACGUGGCCGUGGCGUACCGCGGCGACUGCGACGCGUGCCGCGACGUGACGUGCCAGGAGGGCGCGCGCUGCGUGGAGGGCGUGUGCACGUGCGACCAGGACUGCGGCACGGGGGCGGCGGCAGGGCCGGGCGUCCCCGUCGGGGCCGUGGCCGUCCGGGAGGCGGUCUGCGGCUCGGACAGGGUCACCUACCCCAGCGAGUGCGACCUCAAGCGGACGUCCUGCCAGCGCCACCCGCUGCCCGCCAUCACCGUCCUCUUCUACGGCGACUGCCUGGAGCGCUUCGGCGAGCACACCGCCACGGUGCCGCCGAUGCAGACCAACUUCUCCUCCAAGAUGAUCGACGGGCACGCCGGUGGCAAGGGCGGCCCGCUGCUGCGCAAGGACGCCCAGCACGUGUCCGGCGGCGCGGUGGAGCGCGCCGAGGCCUGCAAGGACAUCCGCUGCGACUACGACGCCACCUGCGAGCUCGGCGCCGACGGCUUCCCCCGCUGCUCCUGCGUGUUCGACUGCCUGUCGCCGGCCUGGCAGAACGCCGGGCCGCAGGGCCCCGUGUGCGCCUCCAACCAGCGCAUGUUCCCUAGCCUGUGCGACAUGAAGCGCGAGGGCUGCCAGCGGCAGGAGGAGCUUCGGCUGCGGCCCAUGGACCUCUGCAAGGGCCUGGAGGUGAAGCCCUGCGGGGGACAGGCGACGCCGCUGCGGGACCCGGCGUCCGGCGGGGAGCUGGACUGCGGCGCCGGGCCGCAGAGGCAGGACUGCCCGCGAGGAGCCUACUGCCACCAGACGCCGCACUUCGCGCGCUGCUGCCCGAAGACCGGGUCCUUCCUGCUGCACGAGUCCUGCGAGGAGGCCUGGUUCGGCUGCUGCCCGGACGGCCGGACGCUGGCCGAGGGCCCCGAGGGCGAGGGCUGCCCCAAGCUGUGCGGCUGCAACAAGCUGGGCGCCGUGAGCGACGCCUGCGACGCCGAGACGGACUCGUGCGUGUGCAAGACGGGCGUCGGUGGGCCCAAGUGCGACCGAUGCGAGCCGGCCUACUGGGGCCUGCAGAAGGUCCGCGACCACGGCAACCCGUCCGUCGGAUGCCUGCCGUGCCAGUGCCACAAGUGGGGCGCGGUGCGCGACGACUGCGAGCAGAUGACGGGGAGGUGCGUCUGCCGGCCGGGCGUCCAGGGCGAGAAGUGCGAGGAGUGCGUGGCGCCCGGGCACGUCCUGUCGCCGGCGGGUUGUGGGCCGCCGAGUCCGGGCAGCGCUGCGGGCAGCGUCGGCGGCCCCGCCACCGAGAGGCCUCUCAAGCGCUCCACGCUGCACCGCUUCACGGAGCCGGGCCCGGGCCCCGGUAUGGGCGGCGGCGCAUCCUACAAGUCCACGCGCCACCUGGGGCUGUCCGCGCCGCCGCCUCUGGACCCGCGCCACCCGCAGCACCGCUACUACUACUCGGCCAGCAACCGCAGCGGCGAGGUGGACGCGGACGUGGACCCCGACGUGGUGGACGCGGACGGCGCGCCCGACAGCCGCGAGGUGGACGUGAUCCACUCGCUGGCGGCGUCCUCCAGCGACCUGCUCAACGGCACGGUGCCCGGCCCCGUGGACGAGGAGGGCGCCCCGCCGGGCUGGCUGCCCACGCCCGCACCGCCGCCCGCCGCCCCGCCCGCCCUGCUCGGCGACGCCUGCUCGUCGUCCUCGGACUGCGGCGUGCAGCACUCGCACUGCCUGCACGGCGAGUGUGCUUGCAUCGAGCAGCCGCCCGGCAACAGCCGCAGCUACUGCCCAUCCCCAGCCAGCACGGCAGCCCCCACGUCGGCGUGCCUGUCCUCGCCAUGCGAGCAGCGAGGCGCGGUGUGUGUGGAGGGCCCGCUGGACUCCUUCACCUGCCUGUGCCACGGCGAGCCCUGCGACGCGGCCAACGUCACGGGCAUGUCCUUCGCGGGGGAGAGCUGGGUGCGGCUGCCUCGCCUCGAGGCCAGCCACGCGCUGUCCGUGGACGUCGAGUUCCUCAGCUUCUCCCCGGACGGCGUGCUGCUGUACUCGCAGCAGCAGGAGGACGGCUCCGGGGACUUCGUGUCGCUGGCGCUGGUGGGCGGCUACGUCGAGUUCCGCUACAACCUGGGCUCCGGCACGGUGGUGCUGCGGUCGGCGCAGCGCCUCUCGCUGCACGCGCCGCACCGCGUGUCCGCCAAGCGCUACCACCGCGACGGCAUGCUGUCCGUGGACGACGCCGCCGACGUGACGGGCCAGUCGCAGGGCUCGCUGCGCGCGCUGGACCUGGGCCCGGCCGCCUGGGUGGGCGGCGUGCCCACCAACCACUCCAGGGUGUGGGAGAACAUUGGCACCUCGCUGGGGCUGACGGGCUGCAUCCGGCGCAUGGCCGUGGGCCAGCGCCGCGUCGACACCGCCAGCGCCGUGGCCUCCUCGGCCGUAGGGCAGUGCGGCGGCGACCCCUGCUCCGCGCAGCCCUGCCGCCACGGCGGAGUCUGCCACUCGCUCAACGUGCUCAACGCCUUCAAGUGCGAGUGCCCGCUCAACUACACCGGACUGCUCUGCGAGGCCCCCGUCGACGCGUGCCUGGCCAGCCCCUGCUCCACGGGCUCCACCUGUGAAUCGCUGCCCGCCGGCGGCUACAACUGCCGCUGCCUGCCUGGACGCCGCGGGAAGACGUGCCAAAUCGCGGACGAUCUGGAGCUGGAGCCGGCCGUGCCCGUGCUGGACGGCCAGAGCUUCGUGACGCUGCCGCGGCUGGAGGGCGUGGGCCGCGCCUUCUCGCUGGAGCUGUGGUUCCUGACGCGCACCCCGGACGCCGCGCUGCUCUACGACGGCCAGAGGCUCAACUCGGCGGGCCGCGGCGACUUCAUCGCGCUCAGCCUGCACGCGGGCCGCGUCGACUUCCGCUUCGACCUGGGCAGCGGGCCUGCCAGGCUGGUUUCCGAGGAGAUCGCCGAGCCGGGCGUGUGGCACUCGGUGCGCAUCAGCAGGACCGACCGCGCCGGCACGCUGCAGCUCAACAACGGCACCCUCGUGCACGGACUGAGCGGCGCGCCCCUCAACGAGCUCAACCUGGACCUGCCGCUCUACCUCGGCGGCGUGCCGUCGACCCUGGAGGUAAACCCCGAGUCGGGCAUGAGCUCGACGCCGGGGCUGGUGGGCGCGGUGCAGCGCCUCAUGGUGAACGGGCACACGUUGGCGUCGCUGGGCGCGCUGGCCGCGCACCUACCGCACUACCGCGGCCCGCCCUGCGAGUCCGCGGACGCCUUGGCGGACGCCGCCUCCAACGGCCCCAACGCCACGGCCUCCUCGGUCUGCGCACACGGCGGUCUGUGCCUGCCGCUGCUCAACACCUUCGCCUGCCGGUGCCAGCCCGGCUUCACCGGCAGCCACUGCCAUCAGCGUGACGUAUCCGUCAACGGCACGCUGUCGCUGACGGCCAGGGCCGUCAAGUUCUCCGGGGACACGUUCCUCCACUUCCGGGGGCCCAAGCCGCCGCAACACAGCGCCAACCUGACGGCCGUCUUGGCGGCCACCUUCAGCAACGGCUCGGCCGAAGUGGUGGACGCCAGCAGCUACGAGGAGCCCGACGAGGGCGCGGGGGAGGAGGAGUGGGAGGACGCGGAGGAGGGGGCGGGGGAGGGGGAAGUCGACGGGGGUGAGGAGGUGGUGGAGGACGAGGAGGACGGAGUCACUCCGGACGACUUCGACUGGCGGCGCGGCAAGCGGAUCUCCAGGUACACGGUGGUGUUCCGCACGGCGUCGCAGGGCGGGCUGCUGCUGUGGGCGGGCAAGGGCCGCACGCUCCACGCCGACUACAUGGCCGUCGCCAUCGUGCAGGGCUACGCGCAGCUGUCCUUCAACCUGGGCAGCCAGCGGGGCAUGCUCACCAUCCAGUCAAAGGUCCACGUCAGUGACGGCCGGUGGCACACCUUGCACGUGUUCCGGCGGAAGCGGAUGGGGCAGAUCCGCGUGGACAACGAGGCCCCCGUCAGGGGCUUCUCGGACCCACGUGCCACGCUGCUCAACACGGGGCCCGGGCUGUGGCUCGGGGGAAGUCCGGCCCUGCCGCCGGGGCUGCCCGCGGCGUACUACCAGGGCUUCCACGGCUGUGUGCGCUCCGCGGUGGCGGACCGUGCCACGCUGGACCUGGCCAGCGCCACCCGGCCGCACCACCGCCAGCACCACCCGCACCACGCCACCCCCGCCCCCGCAGCCGCCCCCGGGACGGCCCCCGGAGGCGGCCUGGAGUUCUGCCACCACAGCGCCGAGCUGCCCUAAGACUGCAUCGCCCCACCCCACCGAACCCCUUGCAACGCCCAACGCCUGCUUCCUGGCCCGCGGCUCAAGCCGGGCCUGCCCCCAUGGUUGGACUGGACAACAAGGACAAUAAUUUAUGUAUGUGUGAGUGAGUGUGUGUGAGCGCGUGUGUGUGUCAGAGCGUGUGUGGCGGACUGAUGACUGUGUGUAAAUAGUGUUGAAUGGAACUUUGGGCUCGAAAGUCGAGGCCAAUGCUCGAUGCGAGAGCCACCGGAACCGAAAUGAACGUGGAGAGAUCAAUAGUUUUUAUAGGUUUGUAUUUUUAUUGUAAUUAAAUUUGUAAGUAUUGUAUGUAUGUAUUGUAUGUAUGUAUGUACGAAUGUUGCGAAUGUACAUAAACCUGUGUAAGUAUUUCAAAUUUUUGUAUCUAUGUAUCUAUGUACAGAGCCGAGUGUAGGAGAUCUUUUUCUACAAUGACAUAAAUUGCCAUCCAUGACUGCUUUUUUUUCCUGUUUUUGUUUUUCUUAGUCAAACCUGAAAUGAUUCUAAAGUAUAGGAUCUUCAUAUCAGCAGAACUCCAUAACAUUACUUUAGGCCCCCUUCCUUUAUGAUAGUUGCUUUCAACAACUUACUAGAAGCUCAUGGAAAAAUUGAGCGAUUUGUGAAUUUUUUUGUUUGAAAGAAACCAAGCGCACACUGGGCCGAGUGCGUUGUUACAGGAAGUUCUACUGGAAUAGGUGUUGUUUUGUUUGUGGUACAACAAUGAGUUGGAGUGUCGUACAGACGACCACCAAUUGCUCUGUUUGCAGAGAGUGUUGUGCUGUGCAUCGCCAAAUUAUAUAGAUUGUAUUGGCCUGAUUCCGCCCAGAAUAGAAAUCAUUUCUUAGUGAAAGUUAUCCUUCAUUGAAAGGCCAAGUUCAAAACUUGUGUUGUUUUUUAAUUGUUGAUCCUUUAAUUAUAUUAACAAAUUAUGUAGAAAAAGUUUAUAAUUUUUAACAAAAUAUUGAUGAAAGCAGUCAAACUAACAGUCGAUUAAUUCAGGAAAAUUGCUGGUACUCCUUGUCUAAGACUGCUAUUUUAAAGUCGUGCUCGGCGCAUUAUUGUUCUCUGUAAGUCCUGGACACUCAGUGUCCCAGAAUUCUAGCUAAACAUGCGAAAAAUAACUGAUUUUUUACGAAUCUAGUGCAUUUAUUGUGUCCAAAGAAAAAAACUGUACUGCCCGGUAUGUACCGAUUUCAUUUCAUACACAGCAUGCAGUUCUGACUGCCAAAUAUUAGCAAAAUAAAUAAAACUGCCUUUUCUUAAA